CCGCCACCGUCGUCCGGAUUUUCCGAUGCUUGGACUCUCCAGAGGAACUUUGACGCAAAGGAAGUGAUGUCGGGCGGCCCCGAGAACAUCGCGCUGGGUGAGCGCGGGCUGUCUCAGUCACGCGACCAACUGACGCCGGCCAGCCGCACGGAGAGCACCGUCUUCAGCCUGUCCCGCAGCGAUUCACUGUGGACGGCCGAGGCAGCACUGCCGGGCCGCUGCCAGCUCUUUUGGUUUCCCAUCCACUUCAUGUCCACGGGCGGCGGUUUCCUGGCUUGCGGCGUCAUCAUCAGCGGCCUCUACUUCGCCGGCCACUGCCGCAGGGUCAGCAACAUCCUGGGUCCCGCCCUCCUCUCCGUCGGACUCAUGGUUUUUGUGGUGGGCGUGGUGCUUAUUCCCAUUACUAGGGACAAUCUACGUCGCGCCGCCAAAAAGCCGCUCGCCUUCCACCGCCAUCCCGCCUUCAAUGUCUGAAAUCUCCAGAUGCCCUUCAUAGCCAUGUGCAUCUCAUUUGUUACAAAUGGGAGGGCUGGCACUCAAUGAGUUAACUUAUGAUGAGUUAACUCAUCACUUGCUA